GGAAUGCUGAGUCUGCGAUGGGACAAAGUCAUGUGUUGUUUGCGCCGCUGUUUAUCGCCAUGAAGGCAGCAGCUUCAUGUUACUGCGACUUGCUUUCGAUUCCCUGCAUGCUGCAGCCAGGACCGACCAAGUUAAAAGGUUAAAGGCUGCUCGUUUGCCCUCCUCUGACAGUCCCUAACAUUUCUACACAGAGAUGAGAGGCUGCUGGAGAUGGUAAUGGAGCUCCAGGAUUUGGGCUGGCUGGCUCUGGUGGGGCUCUUCCUGGCCUCCCUGCUCAUCGUGUUAGCUUGGCUGUUCCAGUUCUUGCUGAGCCUCCUACGCCCGUGGAGAACCAAGGAAACAGAGCAACAUCAGCGGUGCCUCUCCCUCAGGCAGCAACUCUAUCACGGGUGGGCCGCAGUUGUGUGGGGCUUCCUGCUCAAGAUACGCCUGGCUCGGGAUGGAGGAGCUGCGUCCGAGGCCGGGGUUAAAGGGUUGUUGACCUCCCUGUUCUCCUUCAAGUCCUUCAGGGAGCAGUGUCGCAGGAGCUGGGUCAAAACUCUGAAUGAGCAAGCUUGCAGGAAUGGGAGCUCAAUCCAAAUCACUUUUGACAGCAGUUUCCAAUUUACUGCUAACCCUGCAAUAGAGAGUGUGAGCUGCACUCACCAAUCAGCAGAGAGAACGGUUUUACAUUGUAAAUGUCGGGUGGACACUGUGGUAUUUCCUGUGACAGUCACACAGCAGUCCCCCGCUGCCGUUGCCAUGGACACCUAUCAGAUUACGAUCGCACCUACAGUUGCAAAGGUGGUCAUAUGUCUGGAGGAGGCGGAGGACGAAGGACUCUUGGUGUCCUGGACUCUUUCCAAACAGCUGUCAUUUAAACUGACUGUGUCACGUUGCAAACAGCAGAGACACGGCACCGAUGACAAGGGAGAUUUGGAUGUGAUCAGGAGUCUUAUAGAGGACACUUUGUUCAGCUCUCAUCCAGCCGUGAUCCUCAACCUCAGGACUUGUGCAACUAGUUUUCCAGUCCCUGCGGAACAUUUAUCAGUAGGAUUAAAGCCUGUACCCCAUAGUGUCUUUGUGCGGCGAUUACUUCUACGGCAGCUCAGAGCGACCUUAAGUAAAGACCAGUGGUGUAGCUCAGAAGAGCUGUGCUGCGUCCUCAGCUUGAACCAACCCCCCUCAGAAAGGACAACCUGCUUCCUGCCUGUACCCUACAACCCAAAGAUCCCAAUGGAAUGGCGAGAAGAAAUUACCCUGGAGCUAAGCCCAGAAACCAAAGAGCUGAGAGUGAGACUUCUGGAGCGGAAUGGCAGACAUGAGCAAUUCCUUCCAGGCCAUGCCUCCUUCACCUUGGACCUCCAGUCCAAAGUUCCUACCUCUGUCGUACUCACAAUAAAGCCAAGCCACGCCUUGGAACCUAUUGCCACAAUCACUGCAGAGCUGCUUUAUGUGGAAACUGAGGAAGUUCGCUCACCACUGCGUUCCUCGCUCACCCCCACCAAAAAGGUCGAUGUGGACAGGACCGUCAUGCCGGACGGAACAAUCGUCACCACUGUAACGACGGUCCAGUCCAGACUGAAAUUGGAGCACAGUCCAGGAGUUAAUGUUUUAGGGGAUUCUCCUUUGCGGUCUCCGUCCAAAGUUGAGGUGACAGAGAAGAAGCCCACCAUUCUGUCUGAUGGAAGAGGGACCCCAAGCCCUGAUCCGAGUAAAGGCAGCCGCUUGUCUAAUGGAUUGGAUCCUGUUGCAGAAACAGCCAUUCGACAACUGACUGAGUCCAACUCCAAAAUGGCUCGAAAGACUCCAACAAAGAGAAGCACACUGAUCAUAUCAGGCGUCUCAAAGGUUCCACUCUCUAAAGACGACUGCACGCUGUCAGGUGGCUAUGCCGCAGCAAUGGACGCAGCCAUGCAGAGCAACCAUUUUGGGGCACGACCUCAGCAAGAUCCAGAUGAAACCACACCUUCCGAUGUCUCAGAGCGUCCCUCCGUGGAUGAUGUGGAAUCGGACACUGGCUCCACCAGUGCUUUGGAAACACGCAGCCUCAAGGAUCAUAAAGUGGGAUUUCUGCAGAGCGGAUCAAAGCUGUUGUUCCGCAGAAGACAUCGGGAGAAGGAGCCCUGCCUCAGCCAGUCCCACGAAGAUGUCUCCAAACUGGGCAAUAACUUUGCCGCUGCAGCGGACAGCAGUCGAAAGAAGUCCGGCAGCUUCUCGCGACGUCUCAUCAAACGCUUCUCCUUUCGCUCAUCAGGGAAAUGGAAAGGCAAAGCUUCAAGCACCAAUGGAGGAGCGAGCUCAGCCCAUAAUUGAUCGUUUCGGCUGUCAUCCUCUAUCAGUAGUCUCGAGCACACGACUAUUUAUUCUCUCCCAUUCGAAAGUCUCUUGGAUGGAAGACACCUCUGUGAGUGCUUUUUGGAUUGGAGAAAUAUUACUACUUCAGGACAGAAGUGGUUAUUUAUCAAAUGAUUAAAGCUGAAACAAGAUGAAUUCCAUUCUUUGGAAGUUUUUUUUUUUGUGGGAUGGGUACAAGGGAACAGUUGCAAUGAAAUGCUGUUUAUUUUUUAUUGACAGAUGGUGGAAGAAUGAUGUCAGUACAGUGGCAUUGGUGCACUUUGGACUACAUUUUUAUUUUACAUUCUACAUACACGUAGAAUAAUGAAGGUAAUUUAUGAUUAUGUGAAGUGCUAUUUAUUUCAUCUAGACCAUGGGUUGUCAUAGUUGCAUUAUUCUGUAAAGUAGAGAAACUACUGUGAUUGUUUUCCACGCAGAGGUAGUUUUAAAAAUCAAGUUGAAUUCCAUGUUAAAAUAGUUGUAUUUACCUCUAAAUUGCAUUAAGACAUUGUUCAGUGUAGGUUUAAAAUAGGAAAGGUUUUUGUACUCACUCUUAAAUGAUUUUCAGUUGCCCAAGUGCAUCCUCAGGAGGAAAGCAAGCUGGCUUAAUAUUAAAACAAUGUAUGCAGUCUAUGAUGAGAAACUGUUUUUGUUUUUUUAAGAUUUUAAAAAUGUAAUUUCCUGGAAUAUUUUUCAAUAAUAAAAAUUACUAUUACUGUGAUUGAACAACUGCAGUCAUAAGGACAGUGACUGAUAUGUACAAUGUGCUUUAAGAAGCUAGGAUCAAUUCUUGAUUAGUAGAAAGACACAUUGCCUGGCUGGAAUGUGACACCAGAAGUGGUAGCUACAACAGGUGGCGUGUGAUUUCUGCUAUGUUUACUUUAUGUUUAAUUUAUUUCAAAUAAAUUAUUUAAAAAGCAAUUUGUGUUUAGAUUUGGCUCUUAAAUAGAAUAGUCUUAAAAUUGUCAGGCACUGGUUGAUUGCUUCAUAGUCGUCAACAGCAAAAGGCACUACGUCAGUGCUGCAUGAUGCCAGGGCUGCCCCUAAAGGUUUUCUCCGCUCAUAAAGCCUAUAGAGCAGGGCACAAGUGCUGUUCCAUCUGGCAUCGUUGUCUUGAACAAGCUUUUUUGGGGGCAUGCCAAUAUUAGCUCAAACAGAGCACAACUAUUCCUUUGCUUUUGAGCUGAACUUGGAAGUGUGCCACUAUUUUGCAGGCUCGACUUCACAUUUUUCAGCUGAGAAGUGUGACAGAUUUUUUUUUUUAGACAAUGACAUUCACCAUAUGGGCAAAGCAAUAAAUACUGUUUGUCAAAAAUUUAACUGAGUAACACUUGCUACAAUAUCGUGAGCUCCAUCAGUAACCAUCUCACAGACCUUUUCAGUGAUUCUGCACUCCAUCAAUAAAUUGACAGUUGCAAGUGAAAUAUUAGUUGCUGAGUGGGUCAAAAGAAAUCACGCAAAAGCACAGUAUCCGGAGCUUGGCUGUGUGACACAUGUACUGGCAAGUGACACAAAUGUAUGCAUCCAUGUUGACUGAUGUUCACAUCCUGGGUUAUCCUAUGAACUCAUUGCGUGUGCAAUGUGCAGUUUACUAAUCUGCAAUCCGAAUUCCUGCAAUCCGAGUUCCAGCAAUCCUUAAUAUGUCUAAAAGUACUCACGUGUUACACGUUGCACUGUUUGGGGCACAGUCAGACCCAGUACUCCAUACUCACAAGAAUGUUGUCGGACUGAGGUUCUGCUACUGCCAAAGGCAGGGAACAGUACAUUGAUGGGCUUGGAGGUGCUUCAGUCAUAAACUGUUUCGAUGUCUUUGCUUUCAUUGCUAUUGUACAGGAAGCUGAGAGGCUCUCAGAUGUUGCAAUCUUUAACCGUUUUGAUGUCCGACUUGCCCUGGACUUCACUGGCUG